AGCCCCCGACUCCGUGACCCGGCGCGGUGCUUAUAGCGGGCGGCCCGGCGCGGCGCGGGCGGGCAGCGAUGGCGGCAGUGGCGGGACCAUGCGGCCUCCGGGCUCCGCUCCUCCUUCUCCUCUUCCUCCUGGGCGGGCUGGCCGCCGGCGUGGCGGGGACAAGUCCAGACAUCAAAGCUCAAGUAACCGGCGUUUCUGGGAAGCUGGUCCUCGCCUGCAACAUGACAGGGCAGUAUCUUCCCAUCCAGGGGCACGAGUGGAUGCACGGGGACAAGAUCCUUCAAACGGAUGCGGACGCAAGCGCUUUCACCAGCUACACGAUCGAGGGGAAGAUAGAAGAGCACUCUGGCGUCUAUGAAUGCGUCUACAAAACAAACCCAGUGAUAAAAGGACAUUUGAAUAUCUCAGUUCCACCCCAAGUGAUGGUGUACAAGAAAUCUGAGCAUGGCAAUGAGGGGGACACAGGAGUGCUGAUCUGCAAGUGCAACUCCUUCCCCCCUGUCACCUCUUGGGUCUGGUACAAACAUGGGCAAGAGCCCAUCAUCAAUGGUUCUGGUCGCUACAUCAUCAAGUCCAGUGGCAACAAGACAGAGUUACGCAUCCUGAAGCUGAACAUUGAGGAGGACUCGGGUGACUACCACUGCAAUGCCACCAAUGCCUACGGGCAGGGCAGCGCCACGGUGAGCCUGCGCGUCCGCAGCCGCCUGGCAGCGCUCUGGCCCUUCCUGGGGAUUGUGGCAGAAGUCCUUGUUCUUGUCACCAUCAUCUUCAUCUAUGAGAAGAGGAGGAAGCCAGAUGAGGUUCUUGAUGAUGAUGAUGGAGGCUCUGCACCACUGAAAAGCAAUGCCACAAACCACAAGGACAAGAACGUCCGCCAGAGAAAUGCUAACUGAGAGCAGGGGCCAGGUGAAGUGUAGCUGAAGAACUCAUCUGGACAACUUUAUUUUCUUCUAAGAUUUUUGUUGGGGGGUCAAAUAGCACCAGGAGAUACCCCAGAGCAUCCUCGCAGCGCAGAUCCUUCACUUCCUAAAGAAACUUCAGUCGUAGAACCUAAAAUACACUUUUUCUUCCUUUUUUUUUUUUUUUUUUUUUUUAAGAGUUGUGGGAGGGUUUUUCUACCUGUAAAUGUAAAUCCCUUGUUUCUGGUAGUCGCUGCCUGUCUCUGUUUAGGUUUCUUGGUGUUGGUACAGGGGGUGGGUGGGGGAAAUCCUUUUCUUCCUCACCUGUAGGAAGAGCAGGGAUGCCCUCGUGGCCCCACUGCAGCGCUUGAGAGCUGGGAUAGGACCUGAAGGUGCAGCAACGUGUGUGCAGCUCCUCAUGUGCUGCUUUGGUGCUGGUCUGGUGGCGAGCCAGGGGUUUCGGAGGGCACUUCUGUGUCUGUCCCAGUUGCAUCACCAGCAGCAAGGCUGCGCCUUUCCCUCGCAUGGAAGCGGCUGCUCUAUGUGCUGAUUCCCAGUUGGCUUUUCCAGAGCUUUAAAUGCUCUUAAACAAGCAAGGAGGCAGCGUUGGAGCUGGACGCGGAUGGGUACAGUGGCUUUAAACUUGUCUAACGGGGGGUUGGAUCUCUUCUCCCCUUGCUGCAGUGGGGCUGGGGGCAGUUUAACUGCGUGUGUUCUUGUGCUUGAGCUGUUGUGGUUUGUGAUGUAGCAGCCUGAGAGCAGACGAGUGCUUAGUGCAGUCUAAUACCUUUAGUGCUGGGUAGCAGCGAACUGUUCCCUCCGUUAACACACUUCACAAAUAAAGAUGAUUCCUCUCUCUGGUUUUUUUCCA